AUCGAAAAGCCUCAAUAAUUCGGGACGAACUUCAAGUGUCGUGCACGCAUCCGUUGAAGAUUUAGCCAAUCAGACGCGACAGAAAAAGAUUGCGGUUCAACCAAGAAGGGUUGACAACCCAACCACUACGAGGCCCCACAUUUUUCCAUUCUUCGACGACCACCUCCGCCAUCCAUGUCGCUGCAGCCUUCCAACGCGUCCCUUGUGGUCGGCCUCGUCGUGGCGGGUCUUGCGCUUGCCUGGAGUGGCACCUUGGUGUACCUGCUGGUUCCCCACUUGCAACAAGACCAAGAGGUGCGUCAAGCAGCGGCGCAGCACCGCCACGACGCGAAAACAAAGGACAAGAAGGCGCGUGAGAGGGAAACGUCCAUCACGAACGGCGAAGAUGUCAAGAUGAAUGACAAGCAGGCGCUGGUGGAUGUUCGCAUCUCUGAGAUCCGUCCGCUGCUGCCGCCGGCGUGUCUGUUGGAGGAAAUCCCGCGAACGGUCAACAUUGCCCGCACAGUCAACAAAGGGCGCCAAGGCGUGUCGAACAUCUUGCGGCGCGUGGACGAUCGACUGGUCGUGAUCGUCGGUCCUUGCUCCAUCCACGACGUGAAGGCCGCAAUCGAGUACGCCGAGAAGCUGAAGCCGGUCGCCGACGAGUUGGAGAACGAUCUGCUCAUCAUCAUGCGCGUGUACUUUGAGAAGCCUCGCACCACGGUGGGCUGGAAAGGUCUUAUCAACGACCCGGACAUCGACGGCACAUUCAACAUCAACAAGGGAUUGCGCAUUGCACGGGAGCUUUUGUCGGAAAUCAAUCAAAUGGGCCUGCCUGCUGGCUGCGAGUUCUUGGACACGAUUUCCCCUCAGUUUUUCAGCGAUUUGGUCAGUUGGGGAGCCAUCGGCGCCCGCACCACGGAAUGCCAGUUGCAUCGCGAGUUGACGUCGGGGUUGUCGAUGCCGGUGGGCUUCAAGAACGGCACGGGUGGCUCCUUGCAGCUAGCUGUGGACGCGGUCGUGUCUGCGGCGCACCCGCAUUGCUUUCUGAGUGUGAGCAACCAGGGCUUGGCGGCCAUCGUCAAGACGUCGGGCAACGAGGCGUGCCAUGUCAUCCUCCGAGGGGGCACCACUGGCACGAACUACAAGAAGGAGCACGUGGACAAGGUGUCGGCGCUGCUGAAGAAGGCCAAUCACGCGGAAAACGUAAUGGUUGACUGCUCCCACGGUAAUUCGAACAAGAACCACAACAACCAGCCAUUGGUGGCCCAAGACUUGGCCAAUCAAAUCGCGGCUGGGGACACGCGCAUCGUGGGGCUAAUGCUCGAAUCGAACCUUGAGCCGGGGGCCCAAAAGCUGAACCCGGGCGUACCUCUGGUCUAUGGAAAGAGCAUCACGGACGCUUGCAUUGGCUGGGACGAGACGGUUACGGUUCUCAAAAGGUUGGCCGACGCCGUCCAACAACGACGAAGUGCCAAGAGCUCGGAGCUGUAGACAAAAAUGUACUACCGGUAGAUGAAGGUUGCCGUGUAGAUAGUAAUGAAAUGUGGAGUUGGGUACGUA